AUGUCUACUACCCUCCCGCCGGCUAAUCCGGUCGGUCCGGCGACUCUGAUCACUGUCAAGGUGCUCUUGAAUGAUAGCACUCGACGCUUCAAGGUUCCUCUGAGGGAUCUGGGUGCUCGUGUCCUUCCCCAGAAGCUUCAUCAACUCCUAAGCAUCCCAGCGGAUAGUAACGUCAUCUUCGAACGUUACUCCGACAGCGCCGGCUGCUAUGUCCGCCUGGAUAGCGAGAACCAGGCCGUAUACAAGCAGGUUUACCGUGCUGCCAAGGCCAAAUUGAAGCUGCGUAUCAAGGCUACUGUGGUCGAUGAAGUAAACGAGCCUGUUUCACAGCCUUCCAUGUCCGAGGAUGCUGCCGAAGAGCCAAGCCCGGCCCGAUACAGUUACCUGGAGACUGUCCUGAGCUCUCCCACCCCCGCAGUCCAGGCUGAGAUCGUUCCUACAGCCAUCUCAGAGUCAGUGCCCAAUCUUUCAGCUGAGCCGGUUCCAGAUACCUCCGCUGGUCCUCAAUCCGUCCAGUGGACCAAGGAUGACGACGCUGUUCCCGCUCCACUUCGUUAUCGGGACUUUGUCCUCAACCCGGACAGCGUCGAUGUUCCCAUUGUUUCUCACAGGUCCCCCACGGGUGUAUUCUGCAUCGACUGCAACCACUGCGGGCGCUCAAUCCCCAAUGAGCAUUUCCACUGCAGCAUCUGUGAUGAUGGGGACUACGAUCUUUGCCCCCAGUGUGUCACUUCGGGCGUUUCGUGUCAAGCCGAGGAUCACUGGUUGAUCAAGCGAUUCGUCGAUGACGGCGUUGUCACCAAUAGCACAACGGAGAAAGUUGCACCUCGCAAGCUACAAGAAGUGGAGGAAGUCAAGACAGCGUCUGAGAUUCUGCCGGAGCUCGUUCCCGAGAAGGACCCAGAGCCUUCUGUAGCUCCGGUAGAAGAUCAUUCUCUGCAUUCUGUGGAGCGGAUCUGCAAUUCCUGCCUUAAAGAUUUCGAUGAGACCAAGAUGGUCACGUGCACCGACUGUGAUGACUAUGAUCUUUGCAUGACCUGCCUGUUGAAGGACGCACAUGGCCACCACCCAGCGCAUCGCUUUUCGUUGCUCAACGAUGGUGAUUUCUGCCUGAAGAGCCUGGUCGAAUCCCGUUGCAACCCAGGCCGCCACCAUCAACACGCCGCGAUCUGCGAUGGAUGCGACAAGCGUAUUGUUGGUGUCCGCCACAAGUGUCUUACCUGCCCCGACUGGGACUAUUGCUCCAAUUGCGUUGCCAAUUCCUCGCAAAGCCAUCCCGGCCAUCGAUUCGUGCCCCUCUACGAGGCGAUCUCGGAGCCACUCCAAUACCAUGAGGUGCACUACGGCAUCUACUGCGAUGGCCCUCUGUGCCAGGACAAGCCGUGCCCGGGUUACAUCACCGGGGUCCGGUACAAAUGCUCCGUGUGCCACGAUACUGAUUUCUGCGCCAAAUGCGAGGCUCUGCCGACGAAUACUCACAACCGCACCCACCCAAUGCUGAUGCUGAAGACACCCGUUCGCAGCCUCACGAUCUGUAACUCUGUCACGGAGAAUGGACGCAAUGGGCCUGUCGUUGUCACUGGCGACCGCAUUCAACGAUCCACGUCCACACAGAUUAAUACUUCGCUCGAAGCUGAGAAAUCCACCGAAAUUCCAUGCGAUCUGGAGGAGGUUGCGGCAGAGGAGGCACAGACGGCCGAGCCAUCUAAACCAGCUCCCGAAGAGAAACAGGCCAAGGUGUAUGAGAUGCCUACUACCGAUCCAGCUUCCAGCUAUCAAGCCCUCUUCAUCCGUGACACGACUCAUGACGGUACGGUUAUGUCGCCGAACAAGAUAUUCCUGCAGACGUGGACACUGUACAACCCAGGUCCUCUUGCCUGGCCUGCGGGAAGCGAUGUGCGCUUUGUCGGGGGUGAUUCCAUGUUCAAUGUGGACACAAACCGCCCCCUGAGCCUCGAUUCGAUUUCCGCGGCCAUGGAGAGCAACAAGCUGCUUGAGCCGCUGGAACCUGGCCAACGUGCCGAUUUUACCGUCACUCUGAAGGCGCCCAGCCGGGUGGGCACUGCUAUCUCGUAUUGGCGGCUGAAACUCCCCAACGGCAUGCCGUUUGGCCAUCGACUCUGGUGUGACAUUCAGGUCCGGGAAGAGGAGCCAUUGUCGACUGAACUGGCAUCGGUGAAGCCGACGGCGCCCGAGGAUGACCAGAAGUCUGAGGUCGCUGAGGUCGACGGCUCCGAACCAAUGGGAAGUCGCAUGAUUUUCCCUACUCUGGACAAGGAGUCGCCGGUUUCGAGCACUCAUCAAGGCAUGAACCCCGUGCCCCGCGCUCCCUCCGUGACUAAUCCGUCGGAGCAAGAUAUUCUGGAGGACGUGGAGAGUUUGACCUUGGAAGAUGACCAGACAGAGGCCGGGUUCCUCACGGAUGAAGAGUACGAUGUGCUGGAUGCCAGCGACCAAGAUUAUCUGGAAGCGCAGCAGUCGCAGCACUGA